GGGUCGACAUCACAUCGGCGUAUCGUUGUGGUCGCAAUGCGAAGCUAUCGUGGCACAUUCGCGACCAAGCAUGAGGCGGGAGAGCACGCAUUUGACAGCGCCGCCAUAUUGAAACGAGUGACGUUUGCGUUCGGAUACUUUGUGCGUAGUGUAUGACAAUGUGUGUGUGCGUGUGUAUUGUAUAGUGUAUAUUUGUGCUGGUGUGUGUGCGGGUUUUCAUAUUUCUUGAAACAACAAUACAACAUAGAAGUAAUACACAUCUAGUCUGCGUACUUCUAGAAAAAAUGUUAAUACAGUUCCCUUGACUGAUACAUCGUUAGCCGGUGAGGGAAACAAGAGACAUUGGAGUUAGAAGAGAGAGAAGAGAGUUAGCAAGAGUAAAGAGAGAUGGACACCAAAAAUGAAUGCCGCGGUGAAGACAUCGAACUGCAAGCAGCUAGCAGCAAGCCCAGUGAUGUAGCGACCAAAGCCGAUUUACCUGAGCGAGGGUCGUGGGCAAGCAAGCUCGACUUUAUCCUAUCAGUCGUCGGUUUGGCCAUAGGUCUCGGCAAUGUCUGGCGUUUCCCUUACCUCUGCUACAAGAAUGGCGGUGGCGCGUUCCUCAUCCCCUACUUCCUCACGCUCAUCCUGGCCGGCAUCCCCAUGUUCUUCAUGGAGCUGGCUAUGGGACAGAUGCUCACCAUCGGCGGUUUGGGUGUAUUCAAGAUUGCGCCGAUUUUCAAAGGUAUCGGAUACGCAGCCGCCGUGAUGUCUUGCUGGAUGAACGUGUACUACAUUGUGAUUCUUGCUUGGGCUAUCUUCUAUUUCUUCAUGUCCAUGAGAUCUGACGUGCCCUGGCGAACAUGCGACAACUACUGGAACACCAACACGUGUGUCAACCCGUACGACCGCACCAACCUGACGUGCUGGUCCGACCUGGACAAGGUCACAUUCUGCACGCUCAACGGCAAGAAUAUCAGCAAGGCGAUGUUGUCCGAUCCGGUUAAGGAGUUCUGGGAACGCCGUGCCCUUCAAAUCUCAAGCGGUAUCGAGCAUAUUGGCAACAUUCGCUGGGAGCUCGCCGGUACUCUGCUGCUGGUGUGGAUCCUCUGCUACUUCUGCAUCUGGAAGGGAGUCCGCUGGACCGGCAAGGUCGUCUACUUCACCGCCUUGUUCCCUUACUUCUUGCUUACCGUUUUGCUUAUCAGAGGUAUAACUUUACCAGGUGCUAUAGAAGGUAUAAAGUUCUACGUGAUGCCAAACAUGUCCAAACUCCUGGAGUCCGAAGUAUGGAUCGAUGCUGUGACGCAAAUCUUCUUCUCCUACGGCCUUGGGUUGGGCACUCUAGUCGCACUGGGAAGUUACAACAAGUUCACUAACAAUGUUUACAAAGAUGCUCUAAUCGUAUGCUCAGUGAACUCUAGUACAUCAAUGUUCGCCGGAUUCGUUAUAUUCUCGGUCGUCGGCUUCAUGGCUCAUGAGCAGCAGCGACCAGUAGCUGAAGUGGCGGCAUCAGGUCCCGGUUUAGCUUUCUUGGCGUAUCCUUCGGCAGUGCUUCAGUUACCUGGUGCUCCACUGUGGUCGUGUCUGUUCUUCUUCAUGCUGCUACUCAUAGGGUUGGACAGUCAGUUCUGUACCAUGGAAGGUUUCAUCACAGCUGUCAUAGACGAAUGGCCUAAAUUAUUGAGACGAAGAAAAGAAAUAUUCAUUGCUAUUACUUGUGUUAUAUCGUAUUUGGUUGGAUUGUCGUGUAUUUCUGAGGGUGGUAUGUACGUCUUCCAAAUUUUGGAUUCAUAUGCGGUUUCCGGCUUCUGUCUUCUUUUCCUGAUAUUCUUCGAGUGCGUCUCCAUAUCCUGGGCAUUUGGAGUGAAUCGGUUCUAUGACGGCAUCAAGGAAAUGAUUGGCUACUAUCCUACCAUCUGGUGGAAGUUUUGCUGGGUUGGAUUCACGCCGGCGAUUUGUAUUAGCGUCUUUAUCUUCAAUCUGGUGCAAUGGAAACCGAUAAAGUACAUGAAUUAUGAGUAUCCGUGGUGGUCGCACGCCUUCGGUUGGUUCACUGCACUCUCCUCUAUGCUGUGCAUCCCCGGGUAUAUGAUAUACUUGUGGCGAGUCACACCUGGCACCAAGCUGGAGAAAUUCCACACAAUAGUCCGUAUUCCAGAAGACGUUCCAACUUUACGUACAAAAAUGCGUGCAGAAGAACAAGCUAAACAUGCAUCCGCUUAAGCCAUGGCCCCAACCAUGGGACACCAUCACAUCAAGUCGAUCUCAUUCGGUGAGAGAUACGAGAACGAGAACAUUGGAUUGCUGUAUCGAUUAUGUUAGUACUUCCAAACGAAAAGUUUGUAAGAGCACAAUUUUAACAUUAAAACUAUGUGCCAUAUUAUCUAAAUUAGGAUUUAUAUCUAUAGUUUUAUCAUUUACUCGAUUACUUUACUAAAGGACGUUUUAUUUCGUUAAUUUAAAUUUGGUGGUAUUAUUAUGUUUAAGGUUUUUAUUUUUAAGUUAUUGUGAUCAAAAUGGCGUUUUAGUCUCAUUAAUUUUUGGGACUUUUGAGAUAUUUUUGGGAGCGUGGCGACGCGUUCACGUAUGUUUGUGUUAUGCGCUAUAUUUUUUUAGGAUUUAUGUAUAAUUAUACUUGUAUGUUGUGUGUGUGUUAAUAGUUAAUUGUAUGUUGUCUUCCAUGUAGUCAGUAUUAUAAUGAAUAGUUGUAUUAAUAUAGUAAAUCUGAGUAUCUAUACUAGAAUUUUCAUAAAUUUUCUAUCUAUGCAAUAUAGAUACAGGCAUUGCGGAAGUUCUUGACAUACCCUUGACAGUAACUGAAAUUAUUUUUUAUCAAUACUUUAUCCGAUAUGCAAAAAUAAACUUAUUAUUUUUUUUUUUGUAGAAAUAAAAAAAAACUUAAAUGUAUCAAUCAAUAGAUAUUUUUAUGCUUUUACAACAAUAAGUUUAUUUUAAACCAAAUAGGCACACGCAUAUUGACUGCAUUUACCUACUUUGCUGAUGGAUAUUAAACUUACACAUAAUGAAUCACUUGUUUUAACAAUUUUUGUACAAUAAUAUACAAAAAAAAAAUUGCUAAAUAUUCCGGUGAGUGAAAUCUACUUUUAUAAUAUUAUAUUAACAAAAAUAAAAUAAAAAAAAAUCUAUUGUCUGCCAUUGAAAUUCUUGAUAGAUUGAAUGUGAAAUAUUUUCGAAAUGCAUAUUACAAAUAACAUAAUAUUAUAGAAUUAAUGGAUCUUAAUCAGUAUUACUAAUGCUUUAAAUUUAAUCAAUUUAGAUUAGGUGUUGAAAAAGCGAGUGAAUUAAUAAAAAUAAAAUUUUUUAAUAUAUCGUUAUAAGAUUUAAAGUAUUUGAGAACAGCUGGUGAGCGUAUUUGCUAUUUUGAAAAUGUAUCAGGAUGAAGAAAAUAUUACAUUUUAUUGAUGAUUGAUAAUGAUCAUUUACAACAACUUUUAUAGUCUUCUGAUUCAUUAUUUUUCUGACCCUUGUUUUAAAUAUUUUUUUUAAAAAGAUAUUAGUUAUGUUUUUCUAAGUACAAUCGUUUUAAUAUAGACUACGCGAACAAAGCAUUAAGAAUAUUGUAAAGUCGAACUAAAGUGUCAAAUAGCUACAAUUUUUUUUCUAUCUUGUAUGAUGACAUUUACAAUAACUAUAAAAAUAACUAUAUGUAAUAAAUAAAUAAAUGUUUAUAAAAUGUAAUAUUUUCUUAGUCAUGAUUUAUUUUUAUUAAUUAAUUCAGUAAUAUUACGUAUUAUGCAUGUAAAUAUAUAUAGUUUGGUUGUUUUAGUCGUUCUAGUGUUACUGUUAUGGAUAUUUUUAAGAAAGACUGAUGUCUUUAUUUUAUUCUUUGGUUUGUAAGCUUUAAUUAGAUUAUUUAAAUCUAUAUUAAGUUUAUUAUUUUAAAGUUAUUUAUUUUGAGAUACAUAUUUAAUUUGUGUUCCAUCCUAGCAUAGGCCAAAAUGUUAAAUUAAAAAAUUUACUUAUUAAAAAUGUAAUCAAUACGCACAAUAAAUAUUAUAUUGAAAACAUGUACAUUGCAAAACUUAAAAUGAAACUCAAUUUUGUGACAACUCUUGAACGACAGUCAAAUGGAACAUAAAAAGACUUACACCAUCUUUAAAAAAAUAUAUAAAUACCUUCAUAAUAUAUUCCAUUUAUAUGAAGUAAAAUCAAUAUAAUAUGUUUCGUAACUUAAGUAAAAUUUUGAAAAAUUUAACUAUCAGAGAAUAUUUAAAUUAAAAUACAUCAAUUAGAAAUCCUGACCAAAUAUUUUAAAAAUUUUAAUACAAAAUCAAAGAAAAUUAAAGUUUAUACUGUAGUGUGUUUACCUCAUAAUAAAUUGGCCUAUUGUUUAUAAUAUUAAAAAAUAUUUUUACUAACUGUAUAUUAUCAAAAUGUAUAUGGGACGAUAUAUUUCUCUCUUUUCUAUAUCUUGGUAUAUUUACAAUACUUAAAUCAAUUAAUAUAUUAUAUUAUACUUAUAACCAUAUAGAGAAAUGUGUGGAUUUCCAAAAAACUAAGCGUGUUCAAAUAUUUUCUAUAUAUAUUGAUGUCUAUUUAAAUUGUCAAUUUCUAAUGUGUAAAAUUAAAACAUAUAUACAUUAAACGUAUUAGAGAAAAAAGUAGUAUAGAUGAUAAGAAAUUAGAGAAAUCCAUAUUUACUCAAGCUAUAGGCUUUUUAUUAAAAUCGUUGCCAAAAUUUGCUUUUAAGAAAGAAAUAAACAAUAUAAUUACCUACAUGUAAUCGAAAUGAUGUUUAAUUAAUUAAUAUUAAAAUAAUUUCAUUGCGAAAUUAUUAAUACAUAAAUAUAUGUUAUUCCUAAAUGUUAAAUAUUCUAGUAAAGAAAUAAAUAAAUGUUAUGUGAGGCAAUUUGUAUGACAUUUUAUUCUAACACUUCAUAAUUCUAAAAUGAAAAACAUUGAGCGACAUUUUAUUACACUCAUGUUUUAAAUUUAAACUGUAUCUACUAUUUAUUAAUGUCAUCUUUUAAUGCAAUGUUUGAUCUACAUCAAUUUAUAUAAGAUCAAUAACUCAAUAACAACUAGAUAUUAUUUAAUGCUAAACACUAAGCACGUGCUUCCAAAUAUAAAUUUUCAAGUAGACAUUUGUUAAUAGGUUUAGAUUUUAAGUGACGUAUCGCUUAUAGGUACUUUGUAUUAAAAUUUAAAUGUAAUAAUAUUAAAAGAUAUGUAUUAUAGUUUUAAAUUAAUAAAAUUUGAUUCAGUUUCAUCCGAAAUUUACAUGUUAUAAUUUGAAUUUUAUUAAGAUUACAUAUGCAUUUUCACUUCAAACAAUAAAUUACGUGGAAAACUGAAAAAAAAAACACAAUAUGUAUCAAAAUACAACAUAUCAUUACAUAUUACGUUUUAUGAUUAGAAAAUAUUUUAUGCCAAAUCAUUAUGCCAAAGGUGACGAUGUAAUUUUAGAUAUUAAAUUAUUUAUUUCAUUAAAAUAUACUUAACGAA